AUAUAUGCUACCGGCGAAACAAAUAUUGGAAUGAGUUCAAAAUGAUUAAGGAUCCAACUAUAAAUACCAACUGCAUUAAUGAAACAUGGGGUUUAUCUGUUUUGAAUCAAUCCAAUCUUUUCUCUCGAGUAUCGUCUCCAUUGUCUUCAUCCUCUUUACUGGUGACACAAGUCGACAUCACAGAUUUACAAAUAUAUGUAAUUUUAAAACACUAUUUACCAAUUCCAAUAUUCAUCGUCAGUAUUCUGUGCAUAGUAGUAACAUUGAUUGCAGUUACACAACGUGGUCUUUGGAGAACUACAGUCACAUACAUUGUAGUCUUAGCUGUGGUAGAUCUAUUCACACUGUUAUCCUUAUGCAUUUUAUCAAUGGAUUUUUUCAUUAUACCAGCGUUACCUGAAGGAUUGUAUACAAGAAUAUACUUUUUAGCUGAAACAAUAUUGGGUGAAAUAGUUGAUACACUUUUGUUAAUAUCGAACUGGUUAACUGUUCUAAUUGCCACUGAACGUUAUUUUGCUGUGUGUCAUCCACUAAAAGUACGUUUCAUUGACUGUAGAUAUCGACGUAUUUUUAUAUCAUUUGUUAUCUUAUUUUGUGUACUGAUCAAACUGCCAGGAUUUAUAAUAUUAGGGUAUAUAAAAGAAAUUAGUCCAUCGUAUAGCUUCGUGAUUUUUCGCAAACUUUAUACAUGGAUUGUACAAAUCAUUUUAUAUCUAAUUACUCCAUUCAGUAUUUUAACAUUUGUGAAUGUUCGCCUAAUUCAAACUAUACGCUACUCUUAUUUGAUCAACGGACGUAAAAAAUUAAAAAAAGAAUCAUUAGUUUCGUUGGAUUCUAUGCAACCCUCUGGUGGAUUAAUAAGUAGAAUACGAACGUGUUGCACCAUUCCACCUGCAUCGAACAAUAAAUAUUUAAAUAAUCAAUGUCUCAAUAUAUUUCGUAAAAUAACUUGUUGUGGUUGUCUAAAUUUACAGUCCAAGGAAAUAAGUAAUAAUCCACUUCAUCCCAAUUAUCAACCAAACGAAUGUAAUGCAAUUAUGAAUAAAAAUGAAUUAUUACAGACCACUGACUGUUCUCCGUUGGCCACUCCACCAAGCUUAACAGCAAGUUUACCCACGGGGGCACAACUGGGACGUUCACACAGAGAAGAGAAAAAGAUUACAAUUACACUAAUUUGUUUAAUUAUCACAUUUUUUAUUUGUCAAGGUCCAUUUGUGCUGACCACCGUGGUUAUGCGUUACAGUAGUACAGGCUUUUACAUAUCAGAUGCAAACAGAAUUAUUAAUAAUACAAUAUUAUCAUGCAGCACACAUAUAGACCAUAAUAACAUAGGAAGAAUAACAUCGAACAAACCUUUCCGUGUUGUAGACUACAUUAAUCCAAUCUCUGUAAUUGCAUUGGCAUUAAAAAGUGAUCUUUCAUUUUUCUUCUACUGUUGGUUCUGUGAUAGAUUUUUGUUAGCUUUAAAGAAAAUUAUUCGAUACAAAUGCUGGACAAAAACACAAAGACACAAUCACUGUCAUCAUCAAUACCACACUCACCACAAUAAACACCAUAAAAUACAUCUAUUACGGAAAAGUCAUCCUUUCUUGCAUAAAUUAAGAAAACCUCGACAUAAUCCAGAAAUUAUUGAGCUGAAUAUGCCAUCAGGUGGUAACCUUCUGCCAAAUUAUCAGUUACCUCAUCAUCAUUACAAAUACGGUGGCGAAUACUAUCAAUACCGUGUACCCUCUGAUAUAAGCACAAAUAAUCACAAAGUUAUAAAAUAUAAAAAACCAGCACCACUACCGUUUAAUCUUUCGAAGCACAAAAAGAAAUCUGGCAUUAAUUUAUCAAUAAAUUCAAAAUUCUCUUGGUCGUCACCAAGUUGUUCGGAUAAUUCUUACAAAUGUUCGUCUCCAAAGAAAAGAAGUAGUUCACUCGGCCCUUCAAAGGAUCGAGUAAAAUCACUGACUAGUCUGAAAAUCAAUACUUAAAUGAAUUUCAAAUUUAAGUUUAUUCCAAGAUUAUCGAUGUUCUACCUUUUGUUUUCUUUAUUUUUUGUAAAUAAUCAGAUUAUUUGUAUUUUGUUCAGUAUUUAUUACUGUCGUUAGUGACAGUGAUGAUUGUUUAAAUAAAACGAAUACAUUUAUGCUGUUGCGCGGUUAAUUUGUUCAUGUAGUGAAAUAAUGAUAAGACAGGUAACUAACUUAGUUCAAUGUUUAAACCGAAUUCUUUGGUUGAUGGUAAUUUCGGAUUGUAUUAUACACAGUUUUCAGUUGCUAAUUCAUUAUAUCUUCAAGAGUUCAGUUAGAAGGUCUGUGUUUCAGCAGGUGAGUUUGAUAACUGAAAGCUGGUUUGUGAUUUGAAAUUUCAAAACCUAAUCAACAAUAUAAUUAUGUCAGCUGAAAGUAUAGAAAGCGACUACUUCUUUCAGUCGUAGUAAAGAGACAUAAAAUUCGGUGCCUAAGAUAUUAGUAGUAAUGUGUUUUUUGAUUCUUACGGUCGUUCAGUUAAAAAUGUAUUUCAAAAGAUAAAGUGGAACUUAAUGUAGUUACCUAAUAUUCACAUUUUCAAUAGCUAAGAAAAAAAGGAAUAGCAUCGCAUUUCAUGUAACUAGCUCAUCUGUUUCAGUUUUCUAGAUGCUUCCAUGUUAUACUUAUGGCAGACAAUUUUACUCCGAAUUGCUUUUGUUUGCGAAAUCCAAAAAAUUCAGUGAACAGUUUGAUUCAGUCUCGCUUUAAGUCACGAAAAUUAUCUCAGCUGAGAGGUUACAGACUGAUCUUUGUUUUCAGAAACUCUGAUCAAUUCACUCAAGACUUAGGUUGAGAAAUUUGAAAGAUUUCCAUUCCUUCCUCCUUUUUUUUGUUGGAAUAAUUCCAAGUCCUUGACUUUUACUGAGUUUUAUCUGAGUUCUGUUUUACGUUUAUGACUGCCUUCUCCUUGCUAACUUUUGUGACCGAUAACUGUAAGAUGGCUUGAAUUGAAGCUUACACUUCAUGAACGACUUCGCAACAUUUCACUGUCUUACACUUCAAACUUUAUUAUUAACCUCUGUUGAAUUACGGAGUCGUUAAUCCCGAAGUGUGUUUACUGUGAGUACUUUUUUUGGUACAUUAAUAACAGCUUUUUGACAGUUGAGCUAAACGUAAUAAAAUUCCUGGAUAAAAAGUAAAGUUUAUUCCUAUUCGACUAUUUAGAUUCGUAGCUUAAGCCAAAAGUAUGUCGUAUUAUAAUUAUACAGAGGGAAAAUUUUUGACUUAUUUAUUAUUUUCUCUAAACGAUUUGGCUAAAGACCAUGGAGAUUGUACUGCCAUUAGUUUACAUUUUGUUCCUAAUUUACUACAUUCACAAGCAUCAACUUUAUAGAUCCAGAAUGUUGACAACAAAAUGGAUAUUUUGAUUUAGAUUUGUUGCAGACAAAAACUACUUAGGAAUUUUGGCAAUUCAUGGGAUACAGUUGAUUUGAAGGAAGAGACUGCAACAAGCUCCAGUUUAUUCUCUGGGAGCGAAUUUACAAUGUAACACUACAUCAUAUCUAUAUUUGCAAUCCACCGAGAGUUGCAUUUUGGCCUUGCCGAAGACACUUUAAACAUUUAGCUUUUAGUUAGUAUUUGGUCAUGGAUUUACGUGUCAUUUAGUUUUUUUCAGCCACACAUCGUUAUAAUAUUUACAAAAAUUGAUUUUACGCAUUCACCACAUCUACGCUAUAUUAAUAACACAACUUCUAAAUGUUUUAAAGAAAUUGUUUUAUUCACCUAGUGAGGUUCUUGUGAAUUUUUGCACAAAAACGGUAACUAGACUAACUUCAAAACUUUCAGAUAAAGAAGGAAAUUGAAAUACUGGGUGAUUUUAAAGGCCACCCUAGUAACUAAUGUGAUAGUCAAUUACAUUCCUCUAUUUUAUGAAAAAGUACUUUUUCUAGGUGAAGUACCGAAGCCUGAUUGGUCAAUUCGGUUGUUGCUACGGUCGCCUUUAAAGUCACUCGAAGUGGUUCAACGGGUAGUUUAUUUAUGCAUCUAUUCAAGUUGUAUCUGGUUUAAGGUAAUUUUUUCACUCAGUAUUUAUGGGUGAAUUACACGACUGGCAUAAAGUGAGCAAAGCGAUAUCACAGAAUAAUCUAUGCAAGCAUUAAAGAAUUACAAAUGUUCAGUAAAUUUAUAUGGUUUAAUCAAGUGAAUAGAUGAGUCGUCACAAUAACUAAAUGUUCUCACGAAAUACUGAAUGAGUUUCAGCAUUGAAAUUUUGAAAGGUUCACUUCGUACUAAAUGCACCAGCACUUCGUGAUGCUUUGUAGUAUUUUAUCGAACUGAAAGUGGGUAGAUUCGAAAAUAUUUGCAUUUUCUCAUAGAUUAUCAGACAGACAAUCAAAUGACUAUCUGCGCUACAGUUAAGUAAUUUCUUAUGUUACCUAAGCGAUCGUUUUAUAUAUAAGUAUACGUUAGCCAUAAAUCUACUAUGUCAUAUUUUUCCCCUGGUUUGAUUUAAUUAUGUUAUAUUUGCAUAUUCACUAAGUUGAAUGAUUGGAGUGAUUGACACGCUUACAACAUUUUGGUAAAUACUUGAAGUUCUAUUAUAACCGUCAGUUAUAAGUCGCAGUUAUAUGGUGGACCAUAAUCUUAAAGUUUCUAACUUCAUUAAUUCCUUUAAUAUAUUUUAAAAGCGUUACAAACUCAUUGUAGCAGUACUAAGUAAUUCUGGAAACAGUCAAAGUUUGACGUAAUUGGAUUAUUACCAUUUGUAUUUGAUUUACUUAUUUGAAAUUAGGUCUUGAGUGAUAACUAUGUGUAUGUAAAGCUUAAAGUCAUGUUUAUGCACGACAGAUACAUAUGUUUAGAAUCAGUCAUUCAAAUUUUCAAAUGAGCAUUUCUUUACUCCACAUCAAAACUUAUAUAAUUGAAUGCAGAUUCUUGAGAAAUCUACGUUUGAACAGAUCGGAAACGCUGUACUUUAAAUAACUUCUGAACCAUUGCAAAAAGGUCAUAAAAAACUCAAUAUAGCAAUAUUUCUUCAGAACUUAGCAAGAUUUUAUCGAAUUGAGAUGACUUGCGGCUAGUUAAGUGUCUGAUUUGCUUACCAUUGAAAUUUGUUAGCAUUCAGUAAGGCCUAAUGUAAAUGUCUGCAAUCAUAAAGGCUGCAAACAAAAACUUUACU